AUGUUGCUGCUGGUCCAGCUUUAUAUUUUUGCUUUUGCUGCUCUCGUCACUGCUCUUCCUGCUGCCAAACGCGGUGGUGGUGGUAGUGUAUACGGCAUCACGUACACCGGCAAAUCAGCUGAUGGCGCUUGUCACUCUUCCGACCAAGUAUCUCAAAUGGUGAAACGCUUCCAAAAGAACGGCAUUCAACGUAUUCGCACUUAUUCGCAAGAAUGUGAUAUUCUUCCCAAUUUGCUCAAGGCCAUCCAAAACACUGACAUGCAGGUCGUGGCAGCUGCUUGGAUUGAUGGUUCUGGCAAGGACGAAAAGGAAAUCAGCUCGCUCGUCAACAAUCUCAAGAAUGCCAAUAGCGACCAAAUUGCCGGUGUUGCUAUUGGUAACGAGUGUGUCCAAGGCGGUCUUAUGAGCGCAUCCGAUGUUGCUAGCAAGAUUAAGGAAGUCAAGGGCAAGCUCGGUGGCAAGUUCAAGGUUGGCACUGUUGACACUCCUACUGGUUUCCAAGGUGACAUGAUGGAUGCUUCCGAUAUCGUCUUUGUCAACAUUCAUCCAUUCUUUGGUGCUGUGACCGCUGAUGAUGCCGUUGACAAUCUCAACCAACAACUCGGCAGCUUCAAGGGCAAGGCUGGUGGCAAGGAUGUCAUUGUCGGUGAAGUAGGCUGGCCCUCUUCAGGUGAUACCAAUGGCAAGGCUGUUCCUAGCACCGCUAAUCUUGCCAAGGUGUACAAUGCUCUCAAGAGCUCAAGCAUCAAGUACUACUUUUUCGAAGCUCAAGAUUCCAACUGGAAGAAUGGCGGCCAAUUCAACGUUGAACCUCACUGGGGCCUUAUCGAUGCUAAUGGCAAAUCAAAGAUUUCAGAGUUUCAAUAA